AAUAAUUUUAUGUGAAGAAUAAAGAAGAAUAGAUUCAUAAAUUCAAGAAAAUGAAAGAUUUAGAAAAAGGUAAGAAAAUCGAAGAAAAGAAUAAACUUCAAGAAGAUGGAGGCUAUUCAGAACAGGUUGGCUUGGAUAUUAUGAAAAAGGCUGAAAGGAGAAAAAUAAAAAAGUAUUUAAAUGAGGAAAAGAAGAAAAAUAUUUUUAAAUCUACGACAGAUCUUUACGAAACUCCUUUAAGGUGGUGGGAAAAGGAACCCGUUAAAUAUGCUAUCAGCCAUCCAACUGUGAGAUCGAGGCUGGAGACUCUCAUGGGAAGUAAUGUCGUUCGACUCACUGACCGUAAAUACAUGCUGAAACUGAUGUCCAAAAUUAGAGAAGAUCACGAAACCAAGCAGCAGAAUCGCAUCGAAGAAAGAAAGAAGCGAGAAUUGAAGCGAAUGAAAACAAUGAUUCUAAAUAGAUUAAUUCCAGUUCAAGAAGCUCCUGAAGAUAUUAAACAGUAUCCUAUUUUUCAACUCUACCUCUACUGUGAUGCCAUAAAAAACGCAAAACGAAAAAGGCGUUCACGAAAAAUGGUCCGUAUAAGAGAAUCAUUAUAUCAGUUGCUUUAUCCACGCGAAAAAGGCACAGAAAGCGCAGAAGAUGACGCGGAGGAGGAACUCUGCAUGAAAAGAAUCAAAGUCAAUGAAGAAACACAAUUGGUUCCACUGACUCCUGAAGAAGUGACAACCUACUUGAAAGAGCAGGAGGAACUAAAAGAUAUCGAGGAUGGAUACAUACUUAAUCAAGAGGAGUUUGAUCGCCUUCACUAUGAAACAGAUGCUGUUAAACAUCUUCGUGAAGCACAAACUGUGGAAGAAAUGUAUGCGGAGGCUCAUGCAAUUGUCCGAAUUUUGUACUCAUAUGCUGAUGAGGGUCGGUAUACUAAAACGGAAGGUAAAGAUGAAAAUGAAGAGACAUCUGAGGACGGCGAAGAAAAUGAAGGAGAAAAUGAAACUGAAGAUUGAAAAUAUUCUAGAUAAAAACGCCAAAGUCAUGUAAAUAAUUUACGUAAAUACUUAAAUCUCCAUGGUUACGUUUUUUGUCAUAUU